AUGCCUCAGACUCUACGAUCCAGCAGACGUCGCGUAGAAUCCGAACACCCGGAAACCAACACCGUGUCUCUGAGUCAACCAGUCCACUUCACCACACCACAUGCCAGCUCAAGUCAACCACAACAAACCAUCAACCUGAUACCCCCAGACCUGCCUCGUUUCCCGAAUCUAAGCACAAAAGAAACAACCCUCCUCCGCAAAAAGCAAUCCCGUCUACGCGCAUCCGCAUCCGCCACCAAAACAACCGCAGCAGGCUACGGCGCACACGCCGUUCAAGCCCUCUCCUCAACUCUCAUCUUCGCGCAGCACGAAGCAGGCACAGCGGUCUGCAUCCACCCAGCCGGAUGGCUCCUCACCUGCGCGCAUUGCUUCGGGGAGACCGAGGCGGAGUGGCGCUCGAACCGGCGGAAAUGGCUCCUCUAUUUCACGGGACAAGCAGUGCAAGCCGAGUGUAUAGCCUGGGACGCACGGCGGGACCUUGCUCUCGCCAAAAUCACUUCGCUUGAAUGCCUGCCCCCGGCUGCCUCCGGGAAUUUGAUCCCAAGCUUCGCGUGCGUACCACUGGCACCACCAUCAUCUUCUCUCCACGCCGAGAUACUCUGCAUUGGACAGCCGGGCUCUGAUGAUCUUGAAUCGGUCGUCCCGCAGAAAACAGCCUACGAUCUUAUUGAGAUUUCUGAAGGUCGACUGCGCGGGUUGAUACCCGGUGCUGACCCACAUGAUAACGAGGAGAUUGGCGCCUUGAAGCACGAUGCCUGGACGUACUGGGGUCAUUCUGGGGCGCCAUUGCUGCGGCGGACCGAUGGCGUAUUACUGGGUUUGCAUUCGUCGUGGGAUGAUACUACGGCUAUGAGGCAUGGGGUGCCGCUUGUUGCGGUUAGGGAGUUUCUGCGGGAGAGGUUUCCUGGCGGUUGGGCUAUGGAGGGCCAGGAUAAUGGGGAGAAAAGAGAGUACCCAGAGGUACAGCGGACGGAAUCACUCUCAACCGACAACAAGAUGAUUCAAGUUCCCAGCGCAACAGGCGACCCUGAACGGCUUCGCGCCGAAGGCGAGCUAUUCGACAAGGAUGCCGCGCUGGCGGUAGUCAGCGAUGUGGCAAUGGAGAUCGAUCCAGAGGUGGAGAAGCGAGUCCUGCGCAAGAUCGACCUCUUCUUCAUGCCGGCCAUGCUGAUCGGAUAUGGACUCGUAUACUGGGACAAGGCGAUUCUCGGAAGCGCGACGCUGUUCGGCAUGACCACCGACCUGCACCUGGUGGUCAUCGACCACAGCACGACGCCCCCGUCAAAAGACACGUCCCGGCUCAGCUGGGCGACGUCGAUUUUCUACUUUGGUAUGCUGGCCGGUCUCUACCCGAUGACCUUUUUCGUGCAGCGCUUCAAGAUCCAGCAUGUCUUUGGGCCGAUCGUCAUGCUGUGGGCUCUCACCUGUGCUGCUACCGCGGGGGUAACGACCUGGCAGGGUUUGUUCGUUCAGCGCUUCUUCCUAGGCUUCGUGGAAAGCGUGGUCCCCACCGGCUUCAUGACCAUCGUCAGCGGCUACUACACGCAAAAGGAGCAGUCUCUUCGCCAGGCGUGGUGGUUCUCCGGCACGGGAUGGUUCACCAUCAUCGGCGGCGCGAUGAACUACGGCUUCGGACAGAUCACCUCCGGCUCGCUGAAGCGCUGGCAGUACAUCUACAUCUUCGCCGGCGUGCUGACCUUCCUCUUUGGGAUCUGGUGCUGCGCAAUGCCCAACUCGCCCGUUUCGGCCUGGUUCCUGACGCAUGAGGAGCGCGUCGUCGCGGUCGAGCGGCUCCGCAGGGGUCAAACGGGCGUGCGCUGCCAGAAGAUCAAGCUCUCGCAGAUUAGAGAGUCCGCACUGGACGUGAAGAUGUACCUGAUUGCCAUCAUGAUGGCUGCCGCGUAUACAAUCAACGGCGCAAUCUCCGGGUUCGGCCCCCUCAUCGUCUCCACCUUCGGCUACGACACCCUCGACUCCAUCCUCUUCCAGUUCCCCGUCGGCGGGAUCUGCGUCAUCUUCAUCCCGCUGUGCGGGUACAUCGCCUCGCGCGUCCCCAACACGCGCAUCCCCAUGCUCGUCGCCUGCUGCCUGCCCGUCAUCGCGGGGUGCGUGCUCAUCUGGAAAUCCACCUGGGGGUACCAGCCCGCGGCGCCGGUGGUCGGGUACGCGCUGACGGGGUUCUUCGGGCCGGUGGUCAGUCUGAUCAUCACGCUGGGCGCGAGCAACGUCGCGGGCGCCACGAAGAAGACCGUCAUGGCGGCGACGGUGUUUGUGGCGUACACGGUGGGCAACAUCAUCGGGCCGCAGCUGGUCAAGACGCAGACGGUGGCGCGGCAUUACCCGGAGCUGUGGACGGGGUUGAUCAUCUGCUACUGCGUUACGAUUGUGGCGGCGGGGGCGCUGUACGUGGUGCUGUGGAGGGAGAAUCGGCGGAGGGAGGCGAUGGAUCUGGAUGAGAGCCAGCGGGAUAAGGUGGCGUUUAAUGAUCUGACGGAUAAGGAGAAUCCGUUCUUUAGAUAUGUUUUGUAA